GCAAUCUGGUAAUACAAGAGAUCUCUAUUUCGGUCUCUUGCUCUGGUAUUGUAGUUUGACUUCUCUCCUCUUCCGUUGUGCUUUCUGUUCUUUCUGGUUUGGUCUGGUUUGUGCUGCUGGUUUUGGUUUACUUUCUUGGUCAGUGGAAGUUUUAAAACGUGUGGCUGCAACAGAGCUGAGAAUCUCUGUCAGUGACCCCCUACGUCCUCGAAAAAUCGAGUGUUUGUGAACUGGGAAAUCCUAACUUAGAUGCACUGUUGUGUAACUUCCUACUGAGUCUGUUUCCCUUAACUGCUUCCUUCUUGCUGCUUCUUCUUGAGCUUUCUGGUUGUUUCUUGGUUGUUCGAUAAUGUCUAACCUCCCUUUUGGCCUUGUUCCCUUUAAUGGGAAAGCUGAUUUCAGUAUCUGGAAGCAAAAGUCGAAGUGUGUACUCGUGCAGUAGAAGGCUUUGCAGGUCAGGGGUAGAUCUCUCACCAAGGCUAAAGACAAGCAAUCUAAUGACAUGACCUCUGAUAAGGGAAACAAGAAGAAUCACAAAGGCAAAUCAAGAUCCUCCUCACAAGAAUAUAAAAAGUCUAAGAGGUGUUUCAAAUGCCAUGAACUUGGACAUUUCAGUAAGGAGUGCCAAUUGAAAAAGAAUAAGAAAGCCGAUUCUGACAUGGUUGCAAGCCUUGUCAAAUCUGAUGAUGACAAUGGCACUUGUUUUAUGCAUUGUGAUGUUACUUCUGCUAAUGUUUCCCUGAAUUCAGAAUUCAACAAAUCUGAAUGGCUUGUUGAUUAUGGAUGCACUUACCAUAUUUCACCUUUCAAAUAAUUAUUUUCUGAAUUAACUCAUGUUACUAAUGGUUUUGUGUCUAUGGCAAAUAAUAAGCAGUGCGAGAUUGAAGGCAUUGGUCAAGUAUGCCUGAAGUUUGAUUCUGGUUCUACUCACACCUUGAAGAAUGUGAAAUAUGUUCCUAGCCUCUACUACAACCUCCUAUCCUGCUCAGCCCUGGAGUCAGAAGGGCUGGAGGGCAGAUGGGGGAAUGGGGUUAUGAAAAUUCUUAAGGGUUCUUUGUGCAUGUUUAAAGCUGUUAAGAAAAAUAAUCUCUAUGUGUGCACUGCUAUGCCCUUAAGUGAUUUACCUGUUGCCAAUGUUGUUAAGUUGAAUCCUACUGUGCUUUAGCAUAAUAGAUUAGGACAUAUGAGUGAAGACAUGUAUAUUAUGUGCAAAGAUGGUGUUUUAUCUGAUAAUGAUGUAAACAUGCCUUUACCUUUCUGUGAUACUUGUGUGAAGGGGAAGCAACAUAAAGUUGUCUUUCCUUCUUCUGUGCCUACUUGUUCCAACACUGAUAUUCUUGAUUAUUUACAUGCUGAUGUUUGGGGGCUAGCUUCUGUUACUACUCAUGGAGGGUGCUCUUAUUUCUUGUCUAUUGUUGAUGAUUUUUCAAGGAAAGUUUGGGUUUUCUUGUUGAAAAACAAGUCUGAUGUCUUUGAAAAAUUCAAAAAUUGGUUGUGUUUGAUUGAGAACCAAACUAGGAAGAAGGUCAGGACCCUUAGGACAGACAAUGGCCUGUAGUUCUGCAAUCACCAGUUGAAUGAGUUAUGUGUUAAAUUUGGUAUUAGGAGACAUAAAACAGUCUCCUAUACUCCUCAACAGAAUGGUGUGGCUGAAAGAAUGAACAUGACUUUGCUAGAAAGAGUUAGAUGCCUUCUUUCUUUAAGUGGUUUGUCAAAAAGUUUCGGGGUGAGGCUAUUAACACUGCUGCUUAUUUGGUUAAUAGAUCCCCCUCUGUCCCUCUGAAAGGAAAGUGUCCUGAGUCUAUUUUUUGGGAUAAACCUGUUAACAUUUCUCAUCUUAGAGUUUUUGGAUGCAGUGCAUUUAUACAUUCAAAGACUGACAAGCUUGAACCAAGAUCCAUGAAGGGCAUCUUCUUGGGCUAUCCAGAUGGAGUGAAAGGUUACAGGGUGUGGCUUAGGGAUGAGCCUGGAUUCAGAGUCACAAUUAGUAGGGAUGUGGUCUUUAAUGAGACUGAAUUUCCUUGCUUGAUUGAUUCUGUUAUUUCUAAGCCUGAUGACACCUCAAAUGAGGUGGAGCCUGCCUCCUGUGAGGUGGAAUCCACUUCAAAUGAGGUGGAGGGCUCAGUACCUUUUGAGAGUGUGCAAACUGACAAUUUUUUGUAGGAGAACUCAGAACCUGUUACUGAAAACACUGAUUCCCAAUUUCAUCCCACUGGGACUCAAGAUACUUCUGAAAUUAUGCAACCUGAUCUUGUUAUUGUCCCUAAUGACUAUCUUUUGGCCAUGGAUAGAGGUAGAAGGACAAUAAAACCACCACAAAGAUUUGGUAAUGGACUGAACUUGUUAGCUUUGGCUUUCAAUGUUCAUGAAUCAGAUGGGGAUGAGCCCCAGUCAUAUAAACAUGCUCUUAAGUCCAUGUUUUAUCCUAAGUGGCUGCUGGCCAUGGAAGAUGAAAUGAAGUCUUUGAUUUUGAAUAAAACUUGGAUUUUGGUUCCUAGACCUAAAGAUUGUACUACUGUUGAGUGCAGGUGGUUGUUCAAACUGAAGCAGGAGCUUAAUGGUUUGAGGUACAAAGCCAGUCUGGUUGCUAAAGGCUUCACUCAACAAGAUGGGGUAGAUUACACAGAAAUCUUUGCUCUUGUGGUAAAAUUUACAACUGUUAGCUUAUUGCUUGCCUUGUGUGUUUUUUUUACUGGGAUCUUAAACAAAUAGAUGUUAAAACUGCCUUUUUACAUGGUGAUCUUGAUAAGCCUAUUUACAUGAGCCAACCUGAGGGGUUUGUUGACCCCUAAGUACCCUGAUCAUGUGCGUCUCUUGAAAAAGGCUUUGUAUGGCUAAAAACAGUCACCUAGGAGAUGGAAUAUUAAGUUUGAUCAAUGCAUGCAAUCUAUGGGAUUUAGUAGAAGUGCUUUUGAUCAUUGUCUGUAUUUCAAGGAUCUCAAUUUUGUUCCUGUUUUUCUUCUCUUGUAUAUUGAUGACAUGCUAAUAAUGAGUCAGAGUUCUUAUACUGUCAAACAUGUCCAGAAUUUGCUUUCUACUAACUUUGAUAUGAAGGAUUUAGGAGAUGCUUAGAAAAUUUUGGGCAUUGACAAUGUGAGAAACAAGAAGAAAAAGGGGUUGACUCUCAGCCAAAGUUCAUAUGUAAAAAAGAUUCUCAGUAAGUUUAAUAUGAUGGAUGUCAAGUCCUCCACUAUUCCCUUGGCUGCACACUUCAUUCUCAGCAAGGACCAGUGUCCUAAGAAUGAAAGUGAGAUCCAAAAGAUGAAGAGUAUUCCUUACUCUAAUGCUAUUGGGUCAGUUAUGUACUUGAUGGUGAGCACAAGGCCUGACAUUGCUUACUCUGUAUCAUGCCUGUCAAGAUACAUGUCAAAUCCAGGACAACUUCAUUGGGAAGCCCUUAAGUGGCUACUGAGAUACCUUAAGCAUACUGCUCAUUAUGGUUUGAAAGUGUACAGAUAAUACUAACCUUUGUGGUUUUGUAGAUUCAAACUAUGCAAAUGACAGGGAUAAGAGGAAAUCUACAACCUCUUAUGUAUUUACACUUGGUGGAUCUUGUGUAAGCUGGAAAUCAAAAUUGCAACAUAUUGUGGCCUUAUCCACUACUGACUCUGAGUACAUUGCCAUCACAGAGGCAAUGAAAGAGGCUCUAUUGCUGAAAGGGGUUAUGAGUGAAUUAAAAUUCCUCAAGCAACCUGUUGUGGUCUUUUCUGAUAGCCAGUCAGCCAUAUAAGUGUGCAAAAAUCCUGUUUUUCAUUAUACGACUAAAUACAUUGAUGUCAGAUUUCAUUUUAUCAGGGAUAUAGUGGAAAAGGGUGAGGUCCUGCUAGAGAAGAUCCAUACUGAUCACAACCCAGCUGAUAUGGGGAACAAGUGUCUCUAUGUGGAGAAGAUGCUUUCAUGCAUUAGGAAGCUUCACAUUGAUUCUAGUUAGAUAAAGUGAUCAGGUAUAUCUUUCCUUAUUUUGUCUUGUUGUACUUUGGUACACCUAAAGUAGAUAAACUGUGGAAAGGGUGUUUGUCUAGCCCUUGACUUAGCAAACACUAUCAGGCGAUGAUGAAGAGCACAUGCCAGAUCCCUUAUUGGUUUGAUAAGGUCCAAGGUGGAGAAAUGUAAUAGUAUGGCUCUUAAAUGUGGCCCAGCCUACUCCAUCAGUAACUAGCCCAACUCCUUGAAACCCUUGAUACGUGGCAGCAUCUUGUGGGGUGUUGAGGCUGAGUCAAUUAAAUACUCCCAACCCUCUUUUCCCUUCCUCACUUUUCGAUUUUCCCUCUCUCUUCUGUCAGACCUUGAGUGAUGAUAUUUGGGUUUCGAUGCAUCCUCCUCUUCUGAGAUCUCUCUGUGCUGUGAGCUUGAGAGUGUUGAUCUCUUCUUCCUCUGUUCUGCGUGUGUUUAUACACUGAGUCAGUGAGUGAGUGGAGUGUUUGGAAACCCCUGGUUUCUGGUCUGGUGCAAUAGGCCAAGUGUGGUGGUUUCUUGAGGUACUGGAGACUUGGAUGUACGGUGUUUGGCCGCGGCUUUGAUCCUAGGUUGAUUCUGCAGCGGGGCAGUUACUGGAUCUAGGGUUAUAGUGGAUACGGUGGAGCAGAUCUGUCAACUGCUAUAGUUUUCUCCCUGAGUGGCAAAUCAACCGGUGAACAAGGGAUUGGAGGGUCGGAUAAAUAGGCAUGUGCAGUUGUACCUAGUGCAACUUGAGCCUAUUUGAUUUCUUCGAUAGAUUUCCUUGUUUCUGUUUUAGUUAUAUUUCCUGUUACACUAUUAUUGUAUCCAAACGCUUUUGAUAUGUGUGCUAAGUGUUUUCAGGUAAUGAAUCUCCAAGAUCUAAGAUGUGAAGCUGCUUGAUGAUUGAGUAGUUAGAUCUGUUGUUAUCUUGUAUUACCUUGUAAUUUUCUGGGCUGAUAGUCACCUUAAAAUAAGCAUAAUAAAGAUUACAAUCACUCCCAUUCAAAUCUCCCUGAGCACUGAUUUGGUGGCUUCUUGAGAUUCCUCAUUUUGUGCGUGUGCGUGUGUGUAUUCUUGACUUCAUUAGUGUUUAGUCCAAUUUGUUGAUAAAAUAAAAGUGAAUUAAAGUCAGCCAGAAAAGGCGGCUGAAGCUUCGGAGGCAGACUCCUCCUUGGGAAGCAAGCCAUGCCUCUCCAUAUUAACUCCCCAUUUUAGCCUCUUCAAACUUCAUCUUCUCCAUUUCUACUGCAUGCUUUCACCUCACUCCAUUUUAGGGUUUUCACCUUCUUGUUUUCUUUUCUUUUAUGUUGUGUUGUGUUCUGUUACUUGACUAGUAAUUUCUUGAAACAAAAUUAAUAUGGAGGAGAGGAAUAGUAAUGAAUUAGGUGACAAAUUUGAUGAGGAGCUGCCAGGGUUCAGAUUCCAUCCAACUGAUGAAGAGCUAGUAGGGUUUUACCUCACUAGAAAGAUUCACCACAAACCUCUCUCGAUCGAGCUCAUCAAGCACAUCGACAUCUACAAAUACGAUCCAUGGGAUCUUCCAAAGAUAGCAACGAAUGGGGAGAAGGAGUGGUAUUUCUACUGCCCGAGAGACCGCAAGUACAGAAACAGCAGCCGGCCUAAUCGUGUGACCGGGGCUGGUUUCUGGAAGGCCACUGGAACUGACAGGCCGAUCUACUCUUCCGAGACCAGUAAAUGCAUAGGUUUGAAGAAAUCCCUUGUUUUCUACAAAGGGAAGGCAGCAAAAGGGAUCAAAACUGAUUGGAUGAUGCAUGAGUUUCGGCUUCCCUCUCUCUCACCUUCUUCCUCUUCGACCAACAAAAAUAUCCCCAUAAAUGAAGCAUGGGCGAUAUGUAGGAUUUUCAAGAAUUUAAAUAUUGAGAGAAAAAAAUUAUCAGCUUGAUCAUAGGAGCCUGAUCUUGCUACAUGAUUCAAUGACUUAAUCUGUCAUCACUUAGCCCAACGACUACAUAAUCCAGAUCUCCAUGAAUCAAAAUUUUCAUCGUUCAAACUCUCCUCAUAUUGAAAAAUGACCUCUAAAUGAAUAAAAAUAGGCCCUGAUAAUAAUAUAAGAGAGAGUUUUUCCAUAUAGAAACCAAAAAUUAGAUUGUUGAACAUGGACACUACGUUCCCUUUUGGCAUAAUUCGAACUACAUUUUAAAAUAGAAAACAUUCAAACUGUAA